UGUUCUGGUGUAAGUACAUUUUCGAUCGGAAUUACUUGCUCUCACGGGCUUGAUAUUGUAUUUACAACAAGCGCAGCACAGCUACAACAAAACUACAACAUCUACCUACUUCUUCUACAUGUAGUACAUUCUACAAGAACGAGCAAGAAAAUGUCCUUCAUGAUCACAAGCGAGAGUGAAGACGUGUCAUCCGAAGACACAGACAGCUCUUACACUUACGGCAGGCCUUAUGGAGUCUAUACUCAAGGCUGCCUUAAUAUUGAUAAUGCAUCACGUCGACCGGCAGCCGGCACUGUAUAUUGUGCUAGAUGAAGUAGAUUAAUUGUACUAUCUGUAUUAAUUGUAUUCAAAUUGUGCAUUCAAAAAGCAAUCUAUCUUCCAUAAGAGCAGCCUCUUGGUAAGUCCCGUUUUGCAAUGGGGAACGUCUGUGGGACCAAGAAGCUCCCCAGGAUCCUGGAUGUUAUUUUCUACAACUAGUAUGUACUAGUUCCGGUUCCCUCUAAAGAUGAUGUAAGAACCAGGUGGAACUUUUGAAGGAGACGUUGAGAUGGCGAGAGGAUCCCAAGACUUGUCCGCGUGCCUGCUCUACCGAGAACAACUGCUAUGCGCCUCUUUUGAACCCGCUUAACGAAGAGCUUUUGCGUUCCGGCGACUGGGAGACGGAUGUACGAAGAAGGCUCAUGAGUAAACAUCCUCGUGGUCUGUUGGAAGAAAGUAGUGAAGACUUCAAAAGGAUUCACCCACUAGAGUUCCUGGAGCAGGAGGCCGUCCGAUGGGUGAAGGACUGGGUGGAUGAGGAAGAUUCAGCUUCUAGUUUGUUUACAACGAUUCUUAAGGCAGACAAGAUCCGUGGUUGCUACUUUACAAUUAUUUAGAUUUACUAUCCUUCCUUUUUGUUUUUCUUUUCCUAGUUAGUUUGGCUCCACCCAUAUUAUAUAUACCGAUAGGUUCGCUCUUCAUCGGAGGUGCUUUCCAACUGGUUGGCCUCACGAGUAGACACUAAUAGCUACAUAAGAGGCACCAUGACAUGACACAACCGCAGAAGCAUCCUCGUCAGCACCGUCGGUCCCUGGCUCUCUUUUUACUUGAGAAAAGGAAGCCAGGGAUGCGAAUCCCGUUGAGGGAUGCGAACGCGAGGGUAGCUCUAAGAAUCGUUAUGAAACCCUGGCUGGUGAAGUCGAGACUGUAGGUCAGAUUCUCACAGAGGACGAUGCGUUUGAACUGAGGGAGCGAAAGCAGAGGGUUGUUAAAUUGUGGAGUGUGAAAAAAUGGGGAUAUUUUGCGGAUCUUUUAUUAAGUGUUGGAAGUUGGCAUGUCUAUGCGCAUCUCUAUGGCUUCUUCAGCGAGGAUGUCCAUAGAUGUGCGAGCGAGAGAUGCCAACUCUCAACCCCUAACUUGACUUGCCGAAGAAGAGGAGACAAGGAGACAAAAAGCUGCUUGGAUUGCAGAUCGGUGGACGAGGCAUAGGAAGAAGCACAAGGAACUACAAAGUGCUAGAGGUGAAAACAAGCCUUAUCUAUUUACCCCUACGUGUAGUCUUCGCCCAUUUCAAGCACUGUCCUCUCCGGUUCCAAGCCUAUUACCAGCCCGUGUCGUAGCUGAGACCAUUCAGCGGAAACUACACGUUCGCAGUGAGUUAGAGACUGGGAGAGAAGUCUUCACGAUGUUGCCCAUUCCCGAAGUGCAGUCUCGCGUUCCCGCGAUUCGUUUGGACGGCUUCGCCAAGCUCCUCGGGGAGCAAGAUGAUGAGGAAAAAAACGAAAGCUUGUUCGUCGGGGGUCCAGUUUCCGCUGAAGAGUCACUGAAUUACAUCCUCAGAAAGCACGUGGACAAGUGCUUACACAAGGAAAUGAGGAAAUAUGCUGCAAGCAUCAAAGAGGCAGCCGAAGAGGCGAAAGCGGAUCCUGUUUUGACUUCGCCCAUGGUACUGGCACAUGCCCGAAAGUUGCUAGUAGAAAAUACCAACCCAGAAGAUGGCAAUCUAGAGCUGCUGGAUCAAUUUGCUGCUUUGAACACAACCAAAGCAAUGAUUAAGGGUUACCGCAUUGCAUUCUUCACUACCAUCUUUGACUUUUUUUCCAGUAGGAAAAGGGUCAAGGAUGAUCUGAAGAAAGCAAUAUCGCAACCUCUAAAAUGAAGAAUAGUUUUGACGACGAUGAUACAUCAACCAAUAGCGACGACUCAGAUGAGGACGAAUGUUGCAACUGGGUCUUGGUGAAUCCAGGGGGUAGUGGAAGUGGAGCCUCCAAAGGUGCAGAUCAAGGCGAGGAAGGCGAAACUCCACUAGAACGUCCAAGUAGUCCAAAAGGACUAGGCCACGAGCAUGGCUAUCCUUCAUUCAAACUGGUCUUCGACAACAGACCUGGGAUAUUUAGCAUAUUUUACGGGUAGGUGUACUAACUAGGUAGUUCUUCACUUGCCGCAUACCCUCGUUAGGGGCUCAAGUUGAUCUCCUAAAUAAGCAAAAAACUAAUGGCUGUUCCCCAUUUUACGGGUAGGGGUACUAACUAUGAAUGUUAAAGGUGUCCCUGUUACAGUCGUUUCUUUUGCCUCUCCUACUGGACCGAGAAAGACAGAACAACAACAAACGGCAAACAGGAACACCAAAAGAAACCCUACCAACCUUUAAAUAUUCACCCGCAUCCACCUAUUUGCGGAGGAGAAUAGUAUUGCACCUCAUGGGUUAUAGUUUUCUAGAUGUUAGUACCCUGCAGGAGUAAGAGAUGGCAACCCUUCAUGCACAAGUUGAAGUUUGGAAUCCCACUUAAUAUGUAAAUAGAAGUUUUUCUUUCCUGCUGGAGAUGAAUUAUGAAGACGAGCGUUUGUAACAUCAAGACUCUCCCACUGUACCCUUCUAAUCAAAGGAACAGUUGAAAUCUUGCUUGUCCGUUUUAGCAGCAAGCUGGUACGCGAAAAAGUGCUAG